UUCAACUAAUCAUAUAUAGUAAGUAACUACAAAUUUGUCUGUGAUGGCUAAUAGAAUUAUCACUAGUUUUGUUGUCACAUUGGUGGUGUUAGCCACAAUAUGUGAUGCACAAUUGUCAUCUACAUUUUAUGACGGUACAUGUCCUAAUGCACUUAGCACUAUUAGAACUGCGAUUCGUACUGUAGUUUCUAAAGAGCGUCGUAUGGCUGCAUCUCUUAUUCGUCUUCAUUUUCAUGAUUGUUUUGUCCAGGGGUGUGAUGCAUCAAUUUUGUUGGAUGAUAGUUCCACAAUCGAGAGCGAAAAGAGUGCACUUCCAAAUGUUAACUCAGUAAGGGGAUUUGAAGUCAUUGAUAAAGCAAAAUCUGAGGUGGAAAAAGUAUGCCCAGGAGUUGUAUCUUGUGCAGACAUAGUAGCUAUAGCAGCACGUGAUGCAUCAUUUGCUGUUGGUGGUCCAUCAUGGACAGUGAAACUUGGACGUAGAGACUCUACCACCGCAAGCAAAAGUUUGGCCAAUACAGACCUUCCAUUAUUUACAGACGAUCUUAACACUCUUAUAUCUCGUUUUACAAACAAAGGUCUCACUGCUAGAGACAUGGUUACUCUAUCUGGCGCGCACACAAUCGGACAAGCUCAAUGUUUCACAUUUCGUGGUAGGAUAUACAACAAUGCAAGUGACAUAGAUGCUGGAUUUGCUCGUACUCGCCAACGUGGUUGUCCAUCUUUGAGUACGACCGCGAACAAUCAAAAGUUGGCAGCAUUGGACUUGGUCACACCAAAUUCUUUUGACAAUAACUACUUCAAGAAUUUAAUUCAAAAGAAGGGUCUUUUACAAUCAGAUCAAGUUUUAUUCAGUGGAGGAUCUACAGAUUCUAUCGUUUCAGAAUACAGCAAAAAUCCUACAACUUUUAAGUCUGACUUUGCCGCAGCUAUGAUAAAAAUGGGAGAUAUUGCACCCUUAACUGGAUCCGCCGGAAUCAUAAGAAGCAUUUGCAGCGCUGCCAACUAAUUAUACAAAUUCUUCCUUCAUCGGCAUCAAUUAUUUGCCAAUUGUUAUUAAUUUGUGUGUUUCAAUUUCAUUAUUAAAUUUAUUAUUUUGUUA